CAUACUUGAUAUUACAAUUAUUAUUGUUGUCAACGAUAUUGUAACAACAGUGGAACGAAUUUGUUUUGUAAAAAAAAACCUGUAUGGAUAUUUUGUACAGGUUUAAGCAGAAUGGGUACUUUACCGCUGAACUGUACCACUUGUUACACUCGAAAAAAACGGGCGAUCCUUCGGAAACAAUCAUCCCGUCGGAGUAUAUGACAGAAAUGAUGAUGGAUAGUCAAAAGAGAUUACAGAGUCUCAAUAAUAUCGAAAUUAAUAAUUUACUGGCAAGUGGGAAUAUACUAGCACAGAAAGUAUUAUCCUUUCUACCUAGCAUUAUCGUGUUUCAAAAUUUUAAGCCUAACGAGAAACUAACAGCAAAGUUUUCAAUUAAAAACGUUAGCAAGGCACCCGUAUUCCUGAAUAUGGCAUUCAAAGAAUCUUCAUACUUUUUUGUGAAACCAUGUAGUGGUCAGAUGAUUUCCAGAUUGGCUCCUGGGAUUAGUGUCAAAUUUAUUGUAAAUUUUUUGCCUUUACAAUACGAAGAUUACGCUCACAAAAUAAGCUUUUUUACUGAAAAUGAUCAGUACGUCUUGCCUUUAAUAGCCAUGGGACCGAGACCUCUACUGAAUUUUCCUGAUAAAUUGUCGAUUCCACCUGUACCGGUGAAAACAGAAAGUCAUGCGCUAAUGUCAGUGAAAAACAUCGGAAAUAUGUCCACUGGCUUUACUCUGAGCACGAAAAGCCCGUUUUCAAUUCGACCGGAGUCAUUCUAUUUGAAGCCCAAUGAAAAAGUAGACGUGGAAGUAAAAUUCAAGUCAUUAAAUUUGGGUCAAACUUCUGGCACGCUUUUUGCAAGCUUUGAGACCGGUGAACGUUUUAGAAUUCAACUAAAUGGAACCAGUCAAAUUGUUUCCGUUGAAUUGGAGAAACAAAUAAUUCGCUUCCCAGAUACAUACAACACUAUGGUUCGUCAACAAACUUUGAAAAUUAUUAACAAAUCCAAUUAUUUACUUACGUAUAUGUGUAUGAAAAAUGAAUCUGUGUAUCAUGAUUUUGAAGAAAAGGUAAAGCUUGCUAAAAUAUUUUACAAUUUAAAAGACAAGGAAUCCGCAAAGUCUGCUAAACUAGUCCAAUACGGUAUCAUGAGCUGCGAGGAACAUGAAAGAGUUUACACGAGGAUAUUUUUUGAUGAAGUACAGGCACUUGUAGUUGACGAAAAAUUGUUCUUUCAAAACAUGCAUUUCACUAUUAAUCCAAUUAAAGGAAAGCUUUGGCCCAAUGAAUCAACAGACCUUACUGUCACGUUUGCACCUAAGGAACUAGGUGAAAUAAAUGCGUCUUUGUAUUUAGACAUUGAAGGCGUUGCGGAUCGCGUACCGUUGACAAUGGUCGGAACAUCUAUGCCUCCCCUAAUAAAUUUAAACUUAGAGACACUCAAUAUGGAUCGUGUGUAUAUUAACAAGACUUAUAACUACGAAGUGGUCGCUAUUAACAGAGGGCAUAUAAAUGGAGUGAUAGAGUAUAAAGAAAUACCACCCCUAUUUGGAAGUGUCAUAAAUUGUAUACCAAAACGGCAUUGUUUGAGAGCCGGAGAUAAGGAGACGUUCAUCGUAUCAUUUUGUAAUUCGAAUCAAGGACCAUAUUUCGAAGAAGUCAAUUUCACAAUCAGAGACACUGAUAUUGUUCUCAAGCUGUACCUAAAGGGUGAAGUAAUAUAUCCCUCACUAACGUUCAGUUUGCCUUGUUUGGAUUUUGGGGUUGUAAGUUUAGGAGUACCAAAAACGCUAGAACUGGAUGUGAUAAACGAAUCCGUUGUUCAGGUCCGGGCGUCUGUUAAGAUUUCCUCGGACGGACCGGAAAUUAGCAGUAUAACAUUAACCGAUUAUGCUGUAGCAUCAAAACCUAAGCCCAAUGUACCUCAAUGGCCGAGAGAGUUCAAUAUUGAACCUAGCAACAUUGACAUGGGACCUGAAUCUAGAAUCACUCUGAGGAUAACGUUAACAGCAAAUUUGAUUAGAACAAAUCAAACUUCUUUAGAAAUAGAACUUGAAAAAUCGGACAGCGCUCCCAUCGUUUUGCCUGUAGUUUUUAGUGCUGUAGUCCCGGAGAUAGUACCAGCCCAAGAUAUCAAACUACGAGCGUGUUUCAUAGAUUUUCCAUACCAACACGAAAUAAAAAUAACUUCUAAUCAAUUUUGGGGUUAUUUUACGGUCGACGAAAUUAAGGAACAAUCCACGUUAGAAGUUGAUGUUGCCGUUAAAGAGUGCUUGAUCGAACCCAACAGCACAAUAUGUUUACCGGUAACGAUAAAAACAAGUGUACUUGGAGAACAGGAGUUCAUUGUGCGACUGCAUCUUUUCGGCUUGACGAAACCUAUUGACAUAUGCCGCAUUACGGGCUGUGGUGUGCGACCUAUCGUCACGUGUUCCCCUAUGGCUCUGCAUUGGGGUCAGGUUAAAUUGUUGACUAAAUCUCAAAAAGUGUUAACGCUAUGCAAUGACUCCCCGGUGACUGUUACAUUUAGGGCAUCUUUGUUGAAUAAAGAUAGUCACUGGAGUAUUCGUCCUUCUGAAGGCUACAUUGACCCUGAGUCCGAAACAGAUUUAUUCUUUACACUCUAUUUAAUCGACGCCGAUUUAUAUACGAACAAAGCUGUGAUUCAACUCGAAAAAGUUAAGGAAAUUUUAGUGCCGCUCUCAGCUACGGGAAUCGGUACAAGUAUUGUAGUCGGGGAGCUCCAGGACCAUAUCGUACUCGGACGACAUUUCACAAGAGUUCCGUUUACCUGCAAAGUAAUCAUGGAAAACUUUGGCACCCGCUUACACGCAUUAGAGUGGAGUGAGCAUUACAAAGCGCCAAAAAAUAAACAACCAACUGUGAGCUUCUUUACUCUUGAGCCUAAAGCAUUCAAGAUGGGCUCAGGAGAAAAAAUGGAAUUAGCAGUGAGCGGAACGUCUUCGAAAAUUACAACGGUAAAGGAAACCUGGUACCUCAUAGGCAGUAUUGAAGGUGUUAAUAAAAAAGAGCUAUUACUGGAAUGCCAAAUCACAGCAGAAUUCGUAGAUCCAAAUAUAGAAAUUUCAUCGCCUGUCGUAGAACUACAGUACGAUCAUGGGCCGUAUAGCGAAUAUUAUAAAUUAACUGAUAUUAUAAGUAUAAAAAAUGUGGCGAAAUUACCGUUGGAUCUGGAUAUUACAGUGAAACCGCCAUUUGCUAUAAUUCAGAAGCAAAACACUUACAAAAUUCAACCUGAUGAAGAAAAUCUCUGUUGUUGUAUUCGCUACAAUGAGAAUGACUUGAAUUUGCCAAGUAUUAACAGUGAAUAUGGGCCUAGAAAAUCACAGGAACUAAUCGACUUCUUGACUUUGAAACCGGUCGAGCCUCUACGCUUAGGACCACUUAAGUUCUUUGAAGAUAUACAUAAAAUAAAAAAGGCAUUUACAUUAACCCACUCUGUUGAGGAACGCUUGGAAGAUGAAGAAAUUAUGAAACUUCAAAUUUUGUUUGAUACAACAAAACAUUCGAGUUUAAAAUCCAAAGUUUACUCGGAUUUGAUGAAAAUAAAAUUUAAAGGCCACAAAAAUAAGGAUGCUAUUAAACUGAUUGGAACAGUAAAUUUUCCUAAUCUGUUGGUUUUAUCCCCAAAAGUGGACUUCCAGUGCCUACUUAAUGAGAGCGUAAUCAGCAAAACAAUAAAAAUACAAAACGUGACUCCCCUCUUAGUUUGCUACAUGCUACAUUGGAAAAAAUAUGUAGUUUCCAACGGAGCGGAGCCACAACCGAAUACUUUUAAGCGUUCUAGUUAUGCAAGUGAUAUCAAGGCGCAAAGUGACGAGACUGAAUCUAAUGUUACCAGCGCCAAUGAAAUGAUAGAAUGUCGGGCAUCCGUUAUUUCAAAUUUUAAUAAAGACUUUGAUAACUAUCCGAAAUCAAUGAAUACAGAAGCGCUCGUUAACGGCCAUACGACUAGUGAUUUAACAAGUUCCGAGGAAAUGAAAUCAAAUAUAUUACAAAUAUUAACACCUAUGCUAUAUCCAGAAUAUGAUGAAAAUUUCUGUUGGGUUUCAAAGUUUCCGAAAAAGUGUAAGGACAAUAAAUUCGAGAUAAACCAAAUAUGUCAGGUGAUACCACAUCGAGGAAUUUUGAAACCGGAUGAAAUACAAUAUAUACAUGUAAUAUUUAGGCCACCUCCUAAUGUUAGCGUUCGCGCUAUUUUAGAAUGUGAAGUUUUAGGAGGUCCGCCUGAAAGUGUAUUAGUCACCGGUCAGAGUUCAGAUUUGAGGUAUAACAUUGAUGCGAAGAGAGUAAAUUUUGGAAUAAGAUCUUUUUACGAGAAGGCGUCUUUAAAACUGUCGAUAUCAAAUGUAGCACAGCUGCCGUUUGAACUUAAAACUUAUUUAAACGAACCAAUGAAUGAAAAUGUAUUUGAUGCACUUAUAAUCGAUUUAAUACCACAACAGCAGGUAUUGGAGCCCGAAGAAAUAGCAGAUAUUAAUAUACUGGUAUAUCCUGGAGUGACAGGAUGUUUCAAUAGAAAUUUUCUGUUAGAAAUAGGUCAUUUACCAUAUUUUCCGAUUGAAGUAUGCGGCUGGGGGGUUAUUCCUCAAGUUUAUAUCGUGUUACCGAGACCAGAUAUUUGUCAAUUAAACGUAGAGUUCGGCUAUGAAGCAAUUUCUACAUUAACUUUGGAGUACUUAGAAGCAGUUGGUGAAAUUUUCCACAAAAAUAAUUCAGAACAUUUGAACACUCCGCUAGUUGAAAAAUGUUUUGAAGAUCCAUUUUUCCAAUGUGAUUGGCAUAUUUGUUCACCUUGGGAUUACUUUCCUUCUAAAAUGGAUAUUGAAUUAGCAAUAGAAAGGAAAUUAGUAGUGUACCACUUGAAACAGAGACCAGAAAUUUUGAGGGCAUAUUCAACAAGUAAUAAAAAUAACUCGAUUACUGGAUUCAGUACGACACCUUACGUCAUUGAUUUCGGUGUUGUAAUAACGGGUACUACGGUUCACCGAAUUAUAGAAGUAAUCAAUUAUGGACCGGUUCCUACGAAAUUACAUUUCGCAAAAGGUACCCAGUUCCCUACUUGGCUGACUAUGAAGCUGUGUGGUAAAUUAAAUCCUGGCGAUACGGGAAAACUGGAAGUUGUCUUCUCCCCAUCAUCUGACGAUUUUCCGGAGUUAGAAGAUACAGUAGACACUUGUAUUUAUUCAGAGGUACCAUUCGGCGUUACGAUACCGAUUAAAGUAAAAUCUAUUUGUGCCGUACCGUAUUUAGUAUCGAGCGUGAAAGAAAUUCAUUUUGGAUCUGUCCGAUGCGGCGAUAAGAUUAUUUGUUCCAUACCAUUGAAGAAUAUCGGUAAGCCGACGUGUAUUUGGUAUGUGACAUUAAAGCUUAAAACAUCUGGACCGAAUCCCAUGAUGAUUUUGGAUAGUUCAGGAAAAUAUGAACCUGGCGAAGGAGGUUGGCUGAGCAUCGCAUUCAAGCCUACUCUAGAGAUGACAUAUGAAGGAAUCUUGAUAUUUAGAUUCCAUAUGAAUCCCAAUCGAAUGACGAUCCCGGUGUAUGGACAAGGCGUCGUGCCUCAUGUCCACGUGAUUGGGCCAAAUGUUGAUUUCCCACCGACUCUGCCAUGGGCUGAAACGAAUUAUCUAUAUUUCGGGAUUACAAAUCCUUGCUCGUUCCCGAUCGAAAUUAUAAUCGCACAUAGUGAUGAAAAAUGGAAGGAAGAAGAUGAGAUAUACCAAUUAUUACACAAGUAUUACAGCAAACCCGAUGAAAUGUUAGUUCCUGCUAUCAAACCCGGUAUUGGCUUCCCGCCGGAGGUUGUUAAUUUCUACAAAAAGUUUACGGAGCAAGUUAGGAAGAUUAAGGAUGACGAAGCUUCCGCUGCAACAGCCGCAAACCUCAAGACACCAUUAAAAAAACCCGGAAAAAAUCCUAAAUCUACAACCAAGUCAACAACACCUAAAGAAUCUAGUCCGAGGAUAUUCAGAACGGAAGCUGAAAUUAUCGCAGAUGAAAUAAUAGCAAUGAAAGACCGCCAGGUUGAUCCUUUGAAAGAAUGUUUGCAUGUCUUUGAAAAUUUAUCAACAGUUACUGAAUUCGAUAAACAUUCGAAGGGCAUUAUUAUCUUUGUACACGGAUCUCCAUGUGAAGAAAUACAAUGUCAAGAAAUUGCGUACUCAAUUGGGAAAAAAUUAAAAAUUCCAACUAUAAAUAUAGAUUUGUGUAUUGUCGAAGCACUGUGCACUCUUGAAUGUUCAGCAAAAACGCUUAUAAUGAAUGCCCUUAAUGAGUGCUACGAAAUGUUUCGGAAAAGAACCACUGAUCAUUUCGCCGAUAACGAAAACGAUGCCGCUAAUGAUGAGACUCUGAUAGACAAUGAAGACGAAUUCGACAUGAUACUUCGGAAAUUGCAAUAUCUAGUUAUAAAUAAAAACAUACCGACGCCAAGAUCUAAAGGUAGUGAAAAAAAGAAGAAGAAAUCUCCGAACUCCUCAAUGACAUCGCAUUCAGCAUUAGGGGCACUUGGCUCCACGACUAUGUUCAAUAUGGACUUAAUACAAGAGCUACUGUCAGAAUUUUUCGAGCUACCUAAGUUUAAUAAAGGCUUUGUAAUGGACUCUUUGUCUAGUACAAUAUUUAACAAUCCAGUUUUAGUUUUGACAACGGUUUUGAAAUGCAAACAUUCAAUAUGGAACAUUCACCUCGUAUUGUGUCAGUCGGAUUUUAAUAAGUGGGCUCAAGCGCACGACGAGUCACAGAGAGAAACGGAUUUUCUUGCUGAGAAUAUUUCUAAAGUGUACGAAGAAAACGAAAUUAAAAAUAUCGUUGAAACUGUAGAAGAUAUGACAGCGGAGGAAUACGAAAAUGCACCACCAGAGCUACGGUCGAUUUAUCAGACGUAUGGUUUAGAGGAACGAAGAAAAAAGUACAAUAUAAUAGUAAAACCUGUUAAUGAAACAAUUAAGAAGGAAAAAUUUGCCAAAGAACAUAGCAAAUCACUUUUGGCGGUUGAAGGCUCAGAGUCCAGGAAAAAAAUAAAAAAGGACGACGUGAAAGCGAAACCAACAAGCGAAUAUUUAGCAAUGAAUACAAAAUAUAACGAAUAUUAUAAAAAUACGUACGAGAACCUCAUUAACAUCGCCAACAAUUGGAUUGUGGAGGACUGCGAUGUUGGAACUCCUUUAAUAGGAUUGAACGGGCAAGUCGUCGGUUCAGCUCAGAAAAAAACAAAAAAGAAAUCUGAAGUUCAGAUACAGGUAUCUGAAGUAAGCAUCGCAGAAAGAGGAUUUCCAUUAACUUUAAUUACGUGCCCGUGUCUACGAUAUAAAGAGGCUGUAGUGAGCAUGUUUUCAAAAUCGCAACUGGUGCAAGAUGCUUUGAAAAGCGAGCAAGAUUUUGAUAUACUAAGCAGUCCAGUGACCCGCAAAGAGUUCACAGUGCUAUUGCCGAAAACAUUUCCUAAACUAUUACACGAAGAAUCUCUAGGAUGGCAUUUUUUAGAUGAAGCACCGAUUAAGAAAUGUGAAUGUAAUCCCAUAAAUGAUCUCAAUUUACUGGACGAUGCUACUCAAGAUAACGUGUUAAACAUUUUAACGAAGUGGCAUUGUAUUUGUGGUAAAAAGGUAACAUCAGCACAAACUUCAACCAGUGAGAUACCGUCCGCUUCCAUAGAGAAAACAGAGAGUAGUGAAUCUGAUACGUUUUAUCCAUUACCACUACGUAGCGUAAAAUCCUGUCACGCGCCUGGCGGGCGUCUAGUUCUGCAGCCCGGUGACCUAGUUAGAUGCAAAUACUCGUUCAGUCCACACGUAGAAGGUAAUUUUAGCGUGAAACGCUUCGUCGAAGUAAGCGGGUGGCCUGAAUCGAGGGUAACGAUCAAAGUUCGAGGAAUAUGCGAUUUGCCUAGACUAGAUACUAGACCUAAAAAGAUGUUCCAAAAUUUUAUUCGAAGAACUAUGGACGAUACAAUCUAUAAAAAGACUUAUUUGGAUGACCUUAAAAUGUUUCAAUUUGGACCAAUUUUCAUUGGAAAUAAUAGAAUUUACGAAGAAGAAUACACAAUUUGUCUCCGAAAUUCAUCAUUAAUAACCGCAGACGUGGAUAUAGAAUUUUUGGAAGAAACUAGUGUUUUUCAAAUAAACAAACAAUUUAUUCGAUUAGAGCCUGGAUGUCGCGAAACUGUGAUUAUUUCAGCGGCUCCUAAUGAAGUAGGAACAUAUAACAGUGUACUGCUAUUUUGCAUCAAAGAUAACCCUGAAGUGAUAGCAGUAAACAUAUCGUGUAGUGGUGUUUUGCCUUCCGUUGAAAUAUUGCCACUGAAUAAAUUAAUUGAAUACGGAAAACAUUUACUGUAUCGGCGUGAAGAUGACAGGUUUAUUGUAAGAAACGAUUCUAUUUUGCCUAUAAUGUGGAAGAUACGAAACGCACAAGAGUUUUUAAAAGAUUUCAUUAUAGCACGUACAUCCGGUAUAAUCGCCAGGCAAGAUAACCAAGUUGUGCCGGUGACGUAUAUAGCUUGUAGUGUUGGCGUCAUUUCACACAAACAACUAAUAAUCGAUAUUUACGACGAAGAAGGUCGCGGAGAACCCAUGAUAGUGGAUAGCAUAUAUUUAUCGGCCGAAUGCUAUGACGUAAUGGUGGAUUGCGCUUACGAAAAUCCUUCAGAGAAUUUCCUAAACUACGGCAACGUAAAAGUCAAUUCGACUGUCGUGAGAGAAAUGUAUCUGUUGAAUCGCGGAAAAUAUAGUAUUUAUUACAAACUUAAGAAGGUCAAGAAUUUUCCGGAACCUUCUUUGCUGCGGUCGUUCGAAGUCGAGCCGGAGUGUGGCGUUAUUCCACCAACUUUAAAGCUUAUUUCAUUAGAAUUUGAAUGUACCCCUUCAACUUCUGUAAAUCUUGUAAAAGAGCCCGCGUACAUCUGCACGCUACUUGAUAGCAGUAAAAGCCAAGUCGUUGUUGCCAAGUUUCCAGUUUGUGUUACUAUCGCAUCGUUUUACAACACAUUCACUUUGUUUCCACUGGGUGAGUUAAAUUUCCACAUAAUACCAGUUGGUAGUGGCGUUUUGAGAGAAGUAAUAUUGAACAAUACCAGUAAAUGUCCCUUUACGUAUGAAAUCGUGCUGCCAUCUCAGUACCAGCUGGAUCCCGCAGUCCAGCAACUUCCAACAAAAGGCAAAGACAACAAAAUAAAAAAUCCUCCAAUGAAAUGUGGAAAUUUUCUGAUAAUGAACGACGACAAUCUUCUUGCACCCGGUACAAGUAAAACGAUUCAAAUACAAUUUUUGGCGACUGCAGCCAAAAAAUUCGAAGAAACCAUUAGUUUUAUAAUCAGCGAUACUUGCCCAGCAGAGGCACAGGGAGUGCCAUUAAAACUAGUUGGGACUGGAGCAAUGCCGACUUUAGAUAUCUGGAAUAUAGAGACUACUUUUAGAGAACAUUUAAUUGUAAGAGACUUAUCUGAAUAUAAAGUUCCCGAGUAUACAGCGCAUUGUGUGUUUGUCGAAAAUUCAGUAACAUUACAUUUCUUCAGUGUAACAGUGAACACUAGUUUCACUGCUGCAUUAGAUUUGUCUAACAGUGGUCUAGUUGCUUGUGCGUUAACAAUGAAAUUACAAUACCAGUCGAAUACGGACAAUACGAUAUUCUCCUUAGAUAAAUAUGAAACCCACAUCGAACCAUUGACUCAUAAAAAGCUUGGUAUAAUAUUUAGGCCGAAAGCUCUUCAGGAAUACCGGGCAGUAUUAGAGAUAAAACUUAAACUGUUAGAAAACCAAGAACAAUCGUUUCGGAUUUGUUUGAUAGGCGAAGGGGUUAUACCCAGAAUAAAAAUUGUAGCACCGUUGUUAAGGCAAAACAGGAUUGCGCUCUUAACAUUUCCAGUUACCUGUCUAGGGUCGAUUAAUACUAAAGUCAUUCGUUUUAAAAAUGUUAGCACUGUAAUAAGCGUUGUUGUUUUGAAGAUCAUAGAACAACAGCAUGACCUACGACCAGUGUUCUGGUUAUCGACUGCAGCAGAUCAAGAAAUCGAUGUGAUUGAAAAUUACGACAAAUCGAAUCUAACAAUGAUUAUAACAUUGAAACCUGAAGAAAUUGCUACAAUUAACGUUAAUUAUAACCCACUAAAAAAAGGCAAGAUUAGUUGCGACGUGAAACUGACUAUUGUAGACAAUCCUUAUGAAUAUUUCACGGUCUUAUGUGAAGGUGAAUCCUUUAUGGAAGACGUAAUACUAAUGGGCAUAGAAAUGCUGCCGAUGGAUACAGAUUUAGAAACUUAUCGAUAUUCCGGUGACGGGACAAUGUCAACAGUAUCGACUAUGGAUAGUCGAAAAAAAAGCCGCAGUGCUCCUGUCGAUAAAAAGAAAUCUAAACAGCUAGAAACACGAAAAACUAAACGAGUGUCAGUAGGCUCUACGAAGCAAAGUGAAUGUAGCUUACAAAACGCAUGUCUAAAGUAUGUCUUAGAUUUUGGUGGAUGUGAAUUGUGUUCAUUACAAAAGAGAUCCAUCAUCAUGAUAAACAAUUCGGAAAAAGUUUAUAAAUUUAUUUGGGAUAAAGUAGAUUAUAUUGUGGUAAAACCAUCAGUUGGUUAUAUUUCGCCUGGCGAAGAGAAAGAUUUGGAAAUAAUUUUCUUUGCUGGACAACCAGUUGUUAUUAAAAAGGAAGUCUUCCAUUGUACCCUGACAGUGAUAAGCGAUGAUACACUAGGUGAUCUAAACGGUGCCACAUGGGAUAACCGCCAAACUAUAACAUUGUUUGACCAAAAUAUAAGCGUCAAUGAAAGACUAGAAGUCGUUUUAGAAGAACAGCCAACCUUAACUAGUGACUAUUUUUCUGAAAUAAAUAUGGUAGUUAUUUAUUCAGCGAUUACCGAAUAUACGAAAUAUGCAUGUUCAUUGAAUGAAGAAUAUGUUUUACCGGAUACCUUCAUAUACCAAAACAGAACCAUAGACUUCGAGGUUGAAAAUGUAGGGAAUGUACUUAUGAAGAUAGCUUGGACCUUUCAAAUUGACGAUGAAUUUCCAUUAAGAGUUUUCGAUAAUGUUUGCGGAUCGAUAAUUGAAGAAGAUACAAACAAUGUUAGUGUCGAUGAUAGUUUUAAUGAGUACAAUGCAAUGAACAGAAACGAACUACCUAAUAUAGACCAAGAAAAAUUGCCAAGUAAAGAGACAUUGUUUAGUAAAAAUGACGACAGACAAAGCGUGGACACCUGGUUUGAAGUAGAUUUACCGUUUAAAGUCGAACCUGAUAAGGAAUGUUUGAAGCCGAGUGAGAUAAGGCAGUUCAGAAUUACAUUUUCUCCUUUUGAAGCUUUUAAGUACAAAGUGAGGUUAAGGAGUACAAUUGAUAAUUUGGAUCCAUACGAUCAGAACGUGUCUUGCAAGAUCAUAGCCGAUUCACUGGUACCGUUUUGUCAUCUCGACAUAGAAGAAAGUAACUAUUUAACAUCAGACAGAAGGAAACCUGGUAGCGUUGUACUGCCUCCACAUACAGCCGUACUGGAAUUUAAUGUACUAGGAUCCGGAUGUUACAAAAAAUCGUUCAACGUAAUUAAUCCAACGAAUGAACCUUACGAGUUUAUAUUUGAAAUGGUUCAGUCUGACAGCGCAGAACUCGUCCCCGUUCACUGUAAUAAAUUAAAAGGAUACAUCGAGGGUGGUACACUAGCAGACGUGACGUUUACAUUUUCACCAACAGAGCCGGGGGUUUAUGAAUCACAAUGGAAAUUCUUGAUACCGUCACGAAAUCUCGUCAUGAACUUACUCAUAGUCGGCACUGUCAGAGAACCAGACGUUGUAUUUGUACCCACGAUUCUGGUCAUUAAAAAUUCACUGGUUGGCUUCACGAAAACCGACAUUGUGAUAUUACAAAACAAUGAAAACGAAAGUUUGAAAUUCGAAUUUAAAGGUGAUUCAUUGUGCAACGACUCUGGAAAAACUCCAGUUGUCGUUGAACCCGCGUGCGGGAUCAUGAAACCAAUGUCCGAAACUCCUAUUAAAAUAAUCUACACUCCGAUAUUGGACGGUCCGUUAUCGUUCAAGCUAUUCUGUAGCGUGACUCACUUGAAAAAGUUUUUGACUUUGUGCGUGAAUGCGCUGAGCUAUGAAAUAAAACCUAAAGUAACGUAUUAUUUGAUUGGGAACGAACACAUUUUGAACAAUGAUGCGUUAACUAAAAUAUAUUUGGAUCAGACUGCGUCGACGUAUGAAAGAACAGUACCGUUCACUAUAAAAAACGAUGGCUCCGCAACUUUCUUUUUCGAUUGGCGUUAUGAUACGAGGGCCGUCAAGAAGUAUCUACAAGUCACCGUAGAACCUAAGUGUGGUCACGUAACUCCGAGUGGCGAGGUUGAGUGCGUCCUGUACUUCACACUAAAACAAGUCCCGGUUCAGGCAUUCCCUGUUACAUUAUUUAUUUCUGAUGGUCCAGAAUAUAAUAUAUUUUUAUAUGCUGAAAUCGAGAAGCCCUUGUACCAUUUCACGUGUAUGGAUUACGAUUUUGGAAAAUGUUUCGUGAAUGCACCAGACAGUACAUACAAGAAAAAUAUAGCCUUUUGUAACAACGAUAAAACCCCUUUGACCAUUGAUUUGAAUUUCAACAAUUUACCGGAGUUAUACGUCGAUUAUCCCAAAGUGUCUUGCGUUGAAGCAAAUCAAAGAUUAAAGAUAGCCAUUUUCUUCAGACCGAAACAAGUCAGAGAAUAUGAGUUUAAAUUACAAUUCUGGGUAAAUUCUCUCGUUGAAGAAGUCGUUACCAUUAAAGGAGAAGGUGUGCCUUUAUUAUUCGAUCUCUACGAAGGGUGCCAAAAGAGUUUCGAUCUUGGACCGGUUAAGCUUGGGGAGAAAAUAAUUCGUAGAAUAGAAGUAAUGAACCACAGUAAAAUCCCGAUCGAUGCCAGUUUUAUAUUCAGAGAUAUGUAUCCCGUUGUGGAUAACACGACGAUCUCUCAGAUAACUAGCGUGUGCCUUAGUCCCAGUAACACGAAUAUUCAGGCAGAUGCGGGCCCAUCUAGAGGAAAGAUGCUUCAGGACCACAAAAAUGACAUUGUUACUAAUCAAAUUGCUAUGGACAUACAAAAUGCUUUAUCUUCUUUAAAAGUUAUACCAAAUAAAUGCAAAAUAAUGCCGCAUCGAAAAAUACCUCUCAAGAUUCAAUUUAAGCCACUUGGAAUGAUUAGUUCAUUAAGCGUCCAGUUGAACAUGAAAGUUCUUGAAUUCGAAAAGCCCCUGGUGCGACUCAGCGGAAGCGCAACGGGCAUGAGUCUUUGUUUGAGCCAAAAUUCAUUACAAUUUGGGCGAGUACGUAAACGAGGCUGUAAAGUAUUGAAAGUUAUGCUGUUGAAUAAAGGGGACUUUGGUGCUAGAUUUUGGUGGCAGCCUUUGACGUCUGACGAAUUUACUAUUUCCCCCCAAAAAGGAAACAUCGCGGCCCAUACAAACGUAACAUUCACUAUAACUUUUAGACCGCUCAACCACAAUCCGUUCAUCAAAGUUUGGGCAAGCUGUAACAUUGAAAACUUCAUGCCACUAGAGUUGGCACUGUACGCGACUUGUGUUGAUAUAGGGAAUGUUCAAAACAAGUCGCUUUACUUGGAAUGUCCCGUACGUGAGCUACAGACCGAAUAUGUGGUGGUCACUAAUCCUUCUGAUGAUCUGUGGCUAGUUUUGUCGGAACUAUCUGGUGGCCCAUUUGAAACUCUAAAGCAAUUCAAUGUUGAGCCCAAUUCGACCUUUGAAAUACCGGUACAUUUUAAACCAAAGGCUAUUGGAAAACAUGAGGGCCAGGUUGUUUUCUCGCCUCUCGGUGAAAGCGCUUUGUUCGUCAGUUUGGUCGGAGCAGCAACACACCCUAAUCCGAAUGGAACAAUAAAGAUAACAGUGGCUGCUAAAGAUUCGCACAUGGAAGAAUUACUCGUUUAUAAUAUUACUGAGUUUCCAGAAUCUUAUUCAGUUUCAACAGAGUUAGUUAAGAUAAUUCCGGAUAAGUUUGAUGGUUACUACGAAAUAAAACAUCCUGAAACUAUCAAAGUUUGGGGGGAAGCUGCGGCGACGUGCAGGUGGAUAUUUGUCUGUUACGAAGCAUGCGAAAUGCAAUUGAAAGUGAUGUUCGUGAAUGAGGUAACACGAGAAUAUCAGUUUUAUAACAUGAUCGCAACAGUCACCCAGAGUCAAAUUGUCGACACCCUGUUCUUCGAAUGCCAAGCUCGCGAAACAAUACAACGAGAACUGAUCGUUUCAAACCCAUUGUCGCAAGACGCAGAGUUCCGGGUGAAAUGCGAAACGUUACAUUGUCCGGAAAUUAUGAAAAUUAGUCGAAAUUCAGAGAGUGUUUUACUGAUGUCGUACUCGCCAUUAGUGGUCGGCGAGAGGGAGGAUACAUUGGAAAUCUACAAUAACUUAGUUGGCACUUACAUAUACAGAGUGAAGCUUAAGUGUCUCCCGGGCAAAGAGAAGAACCUUGAAUUCACGACAAGUUUUGGUACUUGUAUCCCUUUACGGCUUCGAAUACAGAAUAAAACCGAUGUGAAAACAGAUUUCAUAGCUGAGGUAUCUCAUUCUUCAAUUCAAAUAGAUAAAGAAUGUUGCUUGGGACCAUUAGAAAAAGGAAAGAUUUUAGUGUGGUUUGAACCAACACAGUUGGGAGUGCAGAAUUGUAAAGUGUCCUUCAAAUCGACGCUCGCUGGUGAAUUUGUAUUUAAUAUUAAAGGAAUAGCGACGGAACCCAAGCCGCAGGGCCCGUACGAAGUUAAGGCUGGUGGAUCUACAACUAUUAAAUUUAAAAAUGUCUUCGAUUCAUCGAGAAUGUUCAAAAUAUACGUAGACCGGGAGGAGUUUUACGUUAAAACUAUGUUUGAAACUAUAAAACCAAAGAAGGACCUGAGAAUAUCUGUUUAUCUGAACGACAAGCCCGCACAAGGCUGGACAGAAGUACCUACUGGAUGUUUAACUAUAGAGACACACGAACCAGCUGAACCUAAAGUACACUGGACUUAUUUUCUACAGGGAAAACAGUAGAUUCAAAACGUUAAUUUCUAUAAUAAUCAAUAUUAUAAUGUGAAUGGUUUAAAUAUAUUUGGUUAUUGAAUAAAUUGAAUAGAUUAAA